UACGAUGAUAGACUGCAUAGAAUAGACUUACGUGGGAAGAUGGAAAAGAAUUGGAGGGAGGAGCAUGGACCGUAUAUCCUUUCAUGGGAUAUGAGACAACAACAACUUUGUCAUGCACCUCUUCAGACUGGUGAGAUGCCUCGCUAUCAUGCCUAUUACCGCUGGUACCGUCCGGUCACUCGAAAGUAUGUUGACCGCAACAACGCUAAAUUAGAUAUAAUGAUUGAAAGCCAUUUAGCGCUGUUGGAGAUGCUUCCUGAAGGCAGCCGAGCUCACAACCAUGUCCGGCGCGUCCUAAAUAAUGUGGCUGGGCUUAGUGGUGGUCCUGCAGCAAAUGGGUAGGCAAACAAUGGGCAUGAGACUGAACCAGCAACUACUGCAACCCCAAGCACAAGCGUAGCACCUGUAAGUACAUUGACCCGUGGUCAGCGUGUUACUGCAAGCCCAAGCACAUGCGCAGCUAG